ACCAAAAUGCACAACCAAUGUAUCAUUAUACAAUUUGACCUUGCAAAUAGAAAUUAAGAAAAUUAUCAGCUAAUAUAACAAAGAAAACAAGGAAAAAGUUAUUAGAAUAGUAAAGUUUAUUACACGAUACAAAAAUAUUGAAUAUAUAUAAAGAUGUUUGCUGCAUCGUUCAGAUUACUACGUAAUGCUAAAAGAGUUAAUUCAUCAAUUCGUCUUGAAUCAACGUUAGUUAUAGCAGAACACAAUAAUGAGAUAUUGUCACCAAUAACAUGUAAUGUGUUAAGUGCAGCAAAACAAAUAGGUGGUGACAUUACCGUUUUAGUUGCUGGAACAAAAUGUGAUACCGUAGCAAAGGCUGCGAGUAAUGCAAAUGGCAUUAAUAAAGUACUUUUGGCAAAUAAUGAAGCAUUUAAAGGAUUUACUUCAGAAUCAUUGACGCCACUGAUAUUAGCGAUGCACAAACAAAAUAAAUACACUCAUAUUUUAGCUGGUGCUAGUGCUUUUGGUAAAUCAUUAUUACCGAGAAUUGCAGCAAAAUUAGAUGUUUCACCGGUAAGUGAUAUUAUUGGUAUAAAAGCACCAGAUAGUUUUGUUCGCACAAUUUAUGCUGGCAAUGCUAUACAAACCAUAAAAGUCAAAGAUAAUGUAAAAGUUGUAUCAGUGAGAGGAACUUCGUUCGAAGCGUCGUCUCUGGAAGGCGGUAAUGCAACUUGUGAAUCAGUCCCAUCUGGUGAUUAUAAAACGAAUCUAGUUGAAUUUAUUAAGCAAGACAUUAGUAAAAGCGAUAGACCCGAAUUAACAUCAGCUAAAGUCGUUGUAUCGGGCGGUAGAGGUUUAAAGUCGGGCGAGAAUUUUAAAUUACUUUAUUCCCUGGCUGAUAAACUCAACGCUGCUGUCGGUGCUUCAAGAGCUGCCGUCGAUGCUGGAUAUGUGUCCAAUGAUCUGCAGGUUGGACAAACUGGAAAGAUCGUUGCACCGGAUUUAUACAUAGCAGUGGGUAUUUCCGGAGCAAUUCAGCAUCUUGCUGGUAUGAAGGAUUCGAAAACAAUUGUUGCUAUUAACAAAGAUCCAGAAGCACCAAUUUUUCAAGUAGCAGAUUAUGGAUUAGUUGCAGAUUUGUUCAAAGCUGUACCAACAUUUACAGAAAAAUUAAAAUGAAUAUUUUAUUAUGUUUCCUAACAGCGGAUAAUCGUAAACUAAUUAGGAAUUGCAAUAUACAACCGAAGAAUCAAC